AUGUGCCAACAAAACCAAAUAGGAGAAAAAAAGGAAGAAUUGAUUUUGAAAAGAAAUCCAAAUGAGGAGGCGACAAUGUUUACGGAAAAGGGAAUCAUCAAACUUGCACUAUUCGCCGCAGCAUUUGGACUUGUAUCCACUCAUUUUGCACCUGUCAAAUUGUUCAACUGGAGCUACAAAGACUUCGGAACUAGUGCCUUCUCUGACAUCUCAUUGGAGCAACGUCAGCGUUUUGCCGAUUUCCCUGCUGAGACUGGAACUUGCCCAGACGGAUGGGUUCGCUUCUCGGAUUCUUGCUACUGGGUCGAACAACACAAGCAAAGCUUCGCUGAGGCCGAGAAACGAUGCUAUGAAAAAAACGCUACACUUUUCGUGGUGAACUCCCAGGACGAAUGGGACGCAGUUCGUGAGCACUUCCCACAAAUCGGAUACACUUGGAUUGGACUCGUCCGUUUCACUCACCGCGAAAGAUCUGAGGAUACCCCAACCUGGCAAACCGAAGGAGCAGUCAACCCAGCCAAACUCAACUGGCUCAUCCGCCCAUACAAACCGGUCUCCAACGGAUGGUCAAUUCUCUCCAACUGCGCUGCUCACUACAGCGCUUCUCUUAGCCUUGAUGCAUCUGCCUACACCUACUACCAGCCAUGCUCUUUCAAGUACUACUCCAUCUGCGAGAGAAACAGCACUAUCUUGGAUUUCUUGAACAGAAAGUUCGAUAUCCAAGCCUAA